AUGGGAAGAAGUGCGGAACGUCAGCGUCACGUUGACAAACACUCAGACGAGUAUGCAAGCCACAGGAAGAAAAAUAACGACGCCGUGCAGAAGAGUCGGAAACUGAGUCGCCAGAAGUCGAAAGCCGUUGUCGAUCGCAUUAAGGAACUCACUGACGAGAACAAAUGUCUGGAGGACAAGAUAAAGCGACUCACGGAAGAGCUUUGCGCCCUUCAAAGCAUGUACAGCGAGAAACAACGUCGUCCAUCGUUGAGUGACGUCGCGGAGGCCAGGUUGGACCAAUUACUGAGAACGGAGCAUCUGGACGUACCGCUGGACGAGGAUUUCGUGCCUUGCAGUGAUGAUGACGAGGAUUCUGUCCCGGAUUUCGAGGCCAUUACGAAGAAUCGGAAUUGA